GAACAAGACUGGAUCCAGCACCGGCCCCUGGAGAGCACUGCUCCUUACAGGCCUCCAACCAGACUCUGUGCUGCUGAUACAGCCCUCAAAAUUCUGCUAGUCAGCCAGUUCUCAAUCUACCUCACUGUCCACUGAUCUAUCCCACAUUUUCUAAGUUUCAUAACAAGGAUGUCGUGGGAGACAGCCUUGCUGCCAUCAAGGUACACAACAUCCGUUGCUCACUCCCCAUCUGUCUAGCCAUUGAUGACAUCAUAGAACAUUAUCACUUGGUUUCCCUUUGGUGAAUCUAUGUUGACUCCUCCUGAUAAUCUUCUCUUCCCAUUGCUUGAAGAUGGCAUCCAGAAGAAGUUGUUCCAUCACCUUUCAAGGGGCAGAGUACAGGAAUCUCUACAAGCAAGUGUUCCGUCACCUCAUGAUUCAAGUGCACAGGAGUCCAUAGGAGGGAGACCACUGGCCUUUCAAAAUAUUUCACCUGCUAGUAGGGCACAAGGUGCACCAGACACUUCUGAAUUAGCAAGAAUCUUACCUCAAAAAUACAGGAGGAAACUUAUGUCAGUUGAAGAGAUUGAAUAUAUUCAACGUGGAGGUCCAGAAUAAGCACAGAAGAUAAUUUGCUCACCACUGUUGAAGAAAGAAGUAUUGUAUUCAUCAUAUUAGCUUUUCCUUAAUAUUAUAAAUAAUAGUAUGCUGAUAGUUUUAAUAAAAACCCUAAACAAA